AUGCCGGAUGAUGUCUACGUUGCACCACAAAGCAAGGGGACAAUAACUCUCCUCGAAUUGAUCGAAUCCAGACCAGAUCUCAGCUCAUUGCGUCAAGCAUUGGAAGAACCAGCCGGUCAGCCAGAACCCACUGGCGACAAGAAUCACCAUGAAACUAACUCCCUCGCAGGAUUCCUCCAAGCCUUCGCCACCGAGGCAACGUGGGACUUCACCUUCUUCGCCCCAAGCAACACGGCCUUCGACAACCUGGGAACAUACUGGCAGACCUUCGCUUCGACUCCCAAGGGGAAGUGGUGGGUCGGCAACCAACUGAAACACCACUACGUACCGAACACGCAGCCGAAAGCCAGUGACUUCAACAGCACGGCCACGCGGGUUCAGGCGUCAACGUAUGGGUACAUCGGCGCGCAGGUGGUCAGUGGGGACUUGGUGUUGAACUCGGUCUCUACGGUUACGGAGGCGGAUCUUCCUGUGACGAAUGGGAUCGUCCAUAUCAUCGAUCGAGUGCUUGAUCCAUCGGCGCAGAUUUUCAAUGAGGAUUUGCCAGAGCAGGACCAGGAGUUUAUUGCUGGCAGCUGUACGGAUCCGGAUCUUCCGUACUGCUAG